UAGCGUCAGAAUGAAGUGAAAGAGAAUGGGCUGGAAAGAAUGAAGGGUAUAAAGGGAGUCACCUAGCAAGUGAAUUACUCCUCCAGUUCACUCCUGAGAUAAGCCUCCUCUUUCAACACGAUGCUCAAGUCUGUCACAGAAAGCUUUGCCAGAGUGAUCCAUGGCUUGACAGUGGAGCACCUGACAGACCACGUCAUUCAGAGAAGCAAGAGAAUGAUUCUGGAUACUCUGGGUGUCGGCUUCCUGGGAACCAAUACAGAAGUGUUUCACAAAGCCAGUGAAUAUAGUAAGAUCUACAGUUCCAAUGUGGCCAGCACUGUUUGGGGUCAGCCAGACUUAAGGCUCCCGCCGACAUAUGCUGCUUUUGUGAACGGUGUGGCUAUUCACUCAAUGGAUUUUGAUGAUACAUGGCAUCCUGCCACCCACCCUUCUGGAGCGGUCCUUCCUGUCCUGCUGGCUUUAUCAGAAGCUCUGCCUCCAAGUCCAAAGUGUUCUGGCCUUGAUCUGCUCUUAGCUUUCAAUGUUGGGAUUGAAGUGCAAGGCCAAUUACUGUGUUUCUCCAAGGAAGCCAAUGACAUACCAAAGAGAUUCCAUCCCCCCUCAGUGGUAGGAACCUUGGGUAGUGCUGCUGCUACAUCCAAGUUUUUGGGCCUCAGCAUGACAAAGUGCCGAGAGGCCCUGGCUAUUGCUGUUUCUCAUGCCGGGGCACCCAUAGCAAACGCUGCCACUCAGACCAAGCCUCUUCAUAUCGGCAAUGCUGCCAGGCAUGGGAUGGAAGCCGCUUUUCUGGCAAUGCUGGGUCUCCAAGGAAACAGACAAAUCUUGGACAUGCAGACAGGGUUUGGGGCCUUCUAUGCCAACUAUUCCCCAAAAGUUCUUCCAAACCUAGAUUCCCACACUUGGCUGCUGGACCAGCAGGAUGUGGCCUUCAAGCGGUUCCCUGCACAUUUGGCCACCCACUGGGUGGCAGACGCAGCUGCAUCUGUGAGAAAGCACCUUGUAACAGACAGAGCCCUGCUUCCCAUUGACCGCAUUGCAAGAAUUGUGCUCAGAAUUCCAGAUGUCCAGUAUGUAAACAGGCCCUUCCCAGACUCAGAGCAUGAGGCUCGUCAUUCCUUCCAGUUUGUGGCCUGUGCCACACUGCUUGAUGGCGGCAUCACUGUCCCAUCAUUCCACAAAUGCCAGAUCAACAGGCCACAGGUGAGGGAGUUGCUCAGUAAGGUGGAGCUGGAGCAUCCUCAAGACAACCUGCCAAGCUUCAACACACUAUACUGUGAGAUAAGUGUCACUCUCAAUGAUGGAGCCACCUUCACAGAGCGCUCUGAUACCUUCUAUGGCCAUUGGAGGAAGCCAUUGAGCCAGGAGGACCUACGGGAGAAGUUCAGAGCCAAUGCUUCCAGCGUGCUGUCCUGUGAUACAGUAGAUAGACUUACAGAGAUGGUAGAGAACCUAGAAGACCUAGAAGACUGUUCUGUCCUAACCACUCUUCUGAAAGGACCGUCUUCACCAGAGAUGGUUUCAAAAUCUAUCUAGCAUCCAACAAUUUCAUCAGACAGUUUCUCCUGAGGCUUACCAACAUCUAAGUGACUUUAUAUUGGGGAAAAAUCAGUGAUUUGCUUUAUAGAGCAAGGGUUUACUAUCGCUCUGCCCAGGAACAAGUGAAGCAAGGUGGAGAGAGUCCAGAAACAGAAUUGGAUUUUUAUGGAAGGAGUCUUUUCCUAUAAAUUCUGCAAGACAGUUCCAAUUACCUGAAGAAAAAUAAUAAAUAUGCAAGAAACACAGAGAAAUUGAUUUUAUAAGUAUUCAUAAGGCUGAAAUUCAAGUCACCUCUGAUUUGCUUAUUAGGUUAAUCUUUACAGAGGAGUUCUUUAUGAACUUCAUGAACCUUAAGAUGUGGGAAGAAUUUGAACCUAUAAUGUAAAUUUGCUGACAGUUGACAAGGGCUCUGGCCUAUUGUGCCACCAACAUGUUUCUUGGACCAUGGUUUUUUACAAGCCCCCCACAGUAGAGGGGGUGCUAUUGGGUUUAAAUAUAAGGAAUUAGUGGGUACAAAUCCUGCCCCUACAACUUACUAGAUGUGACCCUAAGCGUGUUACUGGGUAGCCCUCUGCCUCAGUUUAAAGCAGAAAUAAAAAGCGGUAUAAAAAGUAAAACAGUUUGGCUCUGGAAGCCAUGCUGCUAACCACUACAAUAUACUGCGUUUUGUUACAAAAAAAUUUUUGAGAAAAAUAUGGACGAAGAGUUUGACAUGUAAUAAAGAACGACAGCAAAAAAUAUGUGGGUAAUUAAAUAACUAUUGACUUUGUAAAAUAAUAAAAAAUGUCUUAUGGGGUUAAAAAUUGCAACUUUAGCAAUACAUAUAAGCAGGGAGUUACUAUAAUUAAUGUGCUCUAAAUUCCUUAUGUCAUUCAAGAAAAGGGCAAAGCUAUUAACUGUAGACUUUGAUUUGUAAGUAUGCAUGUUGACAUUUCCAGGGUAACCAUUAUAAGACAACAGUAGAAUAUACCACUUCCAGGUUAACAGAGAGAGAAAUAUGGAAUUAGGAAAAAGAAAAUAAACCAAAGGAAGGCAAGAAAGGAGGCGGAAAAGAAAUAUAAGAAAGGUACAACAUAUAGAAUAUAAAAUGAUAGGAAAAAAUCCAAAUAUAUCUGUAAUUACAAGAAGAAUAAAUGGACUAAAUAGUUCAGUUAAAAAAUAUAGAGACUAUGUAUACGUAAAAAACAAUCUUUAACAAGUUUAUUAGCAUCUAAUUUACAAACCAUUAACUCAUCUAUCUUUUGUCCAAUUCAAUGAGUUUUAGUAAAUUUAUAGAGUUGUACAAACAUCAUCACCAUCCAGUUUUGGAGAACUUCUCUUCAUUUUUUUUAAAGAUUUUAUUUUUAUGUUUUAAAAAUUUAUUUUUAAGUAAUCUUAGGUAAUCAAACCCAUAACUCUGAGUUCAAGAGUCACGUGCUCUACCAACUAAGUGAGCCAGGAGCCCCGGGAGUACUUCUAUCAUGCCAAAAACAGAGAAACAAAUAAAAGCCUCAUGCUGGUCUGCAAUCAAUCCCUAUUCCCACCUCCAGCCUUAGCAACCAAUGAUCCAUUUUCUAUCUCUAUGGUUGUGUCUCCUUCAGACAUUUCAUAUAAAUGGAAUCAUACAAUAUGUGGUCUUAUGUGUCCAGUGUCUUUCACUUAGCAUAAUGGUUUUAGAUUUUUCCAUAUAUGUAUCGAUACUUUAUUCUCUUUCACUGCUGAGUAGCAUUCUGUUGUAUGGAUAUACUACAUUUAUUUACCCAUCCAGGAGCUGAUGGACAGCAUAUUGUUUCCAGUUUGGGUCUACUACGAAUAAUAUUUCUAUGAAUGUUCACAUGCAUGUCUUGGUGUGGACAUAUCUUUCCAUUCCUGUUAGGUAGAUACUUGCGAGUGGAAAUGCUGGGUCAUUUAGGAAGUACAUGUUUAACUUUAGAAAAAACUGUUCUUCAAAGCAGCUCUAUCACAUUACAUUUCCAUCAGUAAUGUGUGUGGGUUCCAGUUUUUCCAAAUCCUCACCAACUCUUGGAAUUGUCAGUCUUUUUUAUUUUAUCCUGUGUAGUGAGUACAUAAUGGUAUGUUGUGGCCUUAGUUUGCAUUUUCCAAAUGACUAACUCUUGCCUAUUUUUGACAAUUAUUUUAAUUAAGUUGUCUUCUUAUCAUUCAAUUGUAGGAAUUCUUUAUAUAUCCUGAGUAUAAGUUCUUUAUAGAUAUACGUUUUACAAAUAUUUUCUCCCAGUCUGUGGUUUGUCUUUUCAUGUUUUUAAUGGUCUCUUUUAAAGAGAAAAAGUUUUAAAUUUUGAUCAACUCCAUUUUAUCAUUUUAAAAAAUUUUACUAAAAAAAUAUAGAAAAUAAAAAAAAUUGUUAUUGUUCCUGCUUUUGGUGUCAUCAGGAGUCAUUUCUUAAAAAAUCCAGGGGCGCCUGUGUGGCUCAAUCGGUUAGCAGCUGACUUCAGCUCAGGUCAUGAACUCGUGGUUCGUGAGUUCAAGCCCCACGUUGGACUCCGACUGCUGAGCUGGGCUGCUGACAGCUCAGAAGCCUGGAGUCUGAUUCAGAUUCUGUGUCUCCCUCUCUCUCUGCCCCUCCCCCACUCACACUCUGUCUCUGUCUCUGUCUCUGUCUCUCUCUAAAAAUAAAUAAACAUUAAAAAAUAAUAACAAAAUUAAAAAACCAGUUAUAUAAGUUAUUUAAGACUCAUGAGGAUGCAGAAAAGUUCAAAGUAAAAAAGUCAGGGAAAUAUCGAUGGAACACUAACAAAAGCAAGCUGGAAUAAAUAAAUGUUAAUAUUAAACAAAAUAGAACUCAAGCAAAAAGCAGUCAGUUAAGCAUCCAACUCUUGGUUUUGGUUCAGGUCAUGAUCUCGUGGUUUCAUGAGUUUGAGCCCCACAUCAGGCUCUGCACAGGCAGCACAGAGCCUGCUUGGGAUUCUCUCUCUCUCCCUCUCUCUCUGCCCCUUCUCCACUGGUGCUGUCUCUGUCUCUCUCAAAAUAAAUAAAUAAACUUAAAACAAUAAACAAAGAAAAGAAAAUAUAAUAUAAAAUAAAAUAAAUUAAAUUAAAUUAAAUUAAAUUAAAUUAAAUUAAAAUCUCACAAGAACAUUUAUGGGGCGCCUGGGUGGCUCAGUCAGUUAAGCGACCAACUUUGGCUCAGGUAAUGAUCUCACAGUUUGUGGGUUCGAGCCCUGCAUUGUACUCGCUGCUGUCAGUUCAGAGCUUGCUUUGGAUCCUCUGUUCCCCCCUCUCUCUGCAUACCCCCACUCUCACAUGCUCUAUCUCUCUCUCUCAAAAAUAAACAUUUAAGAAAAUUAAAAAUAAAAAUCUCACAGAACAUUUACAAAAAAGGACCAUAUACUGAGCCAUAAAGCAAGUCUUAACAACUUUUUAAAGGACUGGAAGAUAUAGAUCAUUUUCUCUAAUCACAAUGAAAUUUAAGUUCCAUAUUAAAAAAAAAAAGGUUAGACAAGACUGAAAUGUUUAGAAAUAAAAAUUCCUUGAAAUAACUUGGGUCACAGAAGAAAUGAUCACAAAAAUUAUAAAACAUCUAGAACCUACCAAUAACAAAACCGCAUAUAUCAAAAUUUGUAGGCCUUACCUAAAACAGUACUUAUAAGUGUGUAAAUUUUCUAUGGCUGGCUCUGUAUCAUUUGGAUUAUGCUGUUCCAUAGGACAUAUCCUGUAACUAAUUAAUUUGUCUGAACAUGGUAAAUAAAACAGGAGAUCAAAGUCGUGGUUUCUACUGUGGCCUUCAGAUAAAAUUUAAUUAUCCCGUCUUUAUACACCAGAAAUUUCUAGGGGCAAGAUCUAAGGGCUAGUAAUAAUAUCCUCAGAUAAUCCCUGUUAAAAACAAGACAAUAGGCCCCAAGUGGAGUCCUUAUGCUAAGUCCCACAUCAGUAAAAUGAGAUAUACUUACAGUUU